UCUCCUCCUCCUCUACCACCCCCCUCCUCCUCUUCUCAUUUAAAAUCGACCUGGAAUCUGUCGAUCUGUCCGUAAGUCCUCAGAGAGUGAAACAACAAUACUGAAGUGAAACCGUUUCCCAGCCUGUUUCCUUCAGCUGCUUUCCUCCUCGACCCGCCGCCACCAUGAUGCGCAUCGCUCCACUUGUUACUCUCAUCUGCACAUCAUUACUCCUGAGCUGCACCGCAGCAGCAGCCUCGGUUCUCUGCACGUGGACUAAAGUUUCUGCUAACGGAGAAAUGCACUACAAUUUUCUCCGUAGCGACCCGCAGCAGACCCCUCCAUGUCUGCGGCUGUACCACACCGCCUGGUCCGGGGAGCGCGCUCUGCUUGGCUGCACUUGGAGCGACGACACAGCGGUGACCCAGAACUAUUUGUCUCUGUGCCGGGAGCGCGCGCGGGGCUUUUCAGAGCAUCCGAAUGAAAAUGUCCAUUUGGACUCCGUGUUAGAGACAGAAGGGCAGUGCGUCUCCCUGGCGUCUCUCGGGGAACCCACAGGAAAGAGGUCGGUGAGGAGUGUUCGUGUUCAAGGUCAAGAUGAGAGGUCAGAGGUCAGCAUACAUAAGCGUGUAAAGCGCGGUUUUAUUGUACCCGGGACUCUCUGGUGCGGCUCUGGCAACAAGGCACCCUCAUAUUCAGAUCUGGGAGUGUUUUCAGAGACCGACCGUUGCUGCCGGGAGCACGAUCAGUGCAGACACACCAUCCUGUCCUUUCACUCAGAGUUUGGCAUUUUCAACAGCAACAUCUUCACCAUGUCUCAUUGUGACUGUGAUAACAAGUUUCGAAGUUGUUUGGUGGAGGCGGAUGACGGCAUAGCUGAUGUAGUGGGAUAUACCUUCUUUAACCUGCUGAAGAUGCACUGCUUUACAUUCUCCCACCGGCUUCAGUGUACACAGAGAAACUGGUUUGGAAUGUGUAAGGAGACUAAAAUGGCUCUGUAUGCUGAGGUUCAUUCACCCAUAUUGUUCAAAUCUAAGCCAACAGAUGAAACCAUGAACAGCUCCGUGAUCAAUUCUACCACAACUGCAGAACUCCUAGAGAAUAGCACUUCAGAUUUACAGCUUUCCUCCAAUACUGCUGCUGCAUUCACAGUCCCUACACCCUUUGCCUCCAUCAUUCCUCUCACUAACGCUACAACAUACACAGGCAGUAAUGCAACAGAGACACCUUUGGGAUCUGUUCCUGACAGAAGAGAAAAUCUGGAGAACAUUGUACCAACCAAAAAUCAUACUGUGACUGAAGUAGGCCCUGAUAUCACAGCAAUGUCAUGUGGUAUCUAUAAGGAUAUCGAUGAGUGUAGGGACAAGAUCCCAUCCCAGCAUGAGAAAUAUGGCUUCUACAACCAGGAGCCAAAGACACUUUACCACUGCAACUGUACUGUCAGAAUAUUCCAGACUUUGGCUAAACAGAGACAACUGACCAAAGUGCAAGCUCAUCUUCUGGGACAUGUGUCUCAGUCCUGCUUCCUGCUUGAGGAAUGCACGGCAGACAGCAACUGUACUCUAGUCGUGGUAAAAGCCGAGCUUCCUCAGCAGGAUCAGUGGACCAGCGUAGCAGUGGAGGAGCAACACCAUCUACAGGCAGUACAACUGAACCUCAGGAGGCCAAACCCAAGGAGAGCUAAGAGAAAAGACAGAGAAGUGAGGCUCCACAAACUGUGUCUGAGAUUGACCCGACGCAGACAAAUGAAGAAGAAGAGAAAAAAUGUCUAAAGGGAAAAAACCUCGUCCUAAUGUUCAAUAUUAUAUACGUAAGACACUAUGAAAUCUAUUUUCACAUGGAUUAGCAAAAAAAUUUCCUGUUCAUUUCCUGAUGAAUCUUCUUCACAGUCAGUCUCUCUUAUGGAAAGCUUUAUUUGUCUUUACGCUCAAGUCUUUCUGUCAAUAAUGACUAACAGGACAACUUCAACUCUCGUUUGAUGUUCUAAGGCCUGCACAGAUCAUGUUAAUUUGAUUUAAUUAAUUUUUAGAUCAGCAAUACAAACUUAGAAGAUUUAUUUCCACUGACUUUAUACUAUUUAGGCAAAACCUACAGAGAAGGAAAUAUAUAUAUAUAUAUGUGUAUAUAUAUAUAUUUUUUGUUACAAUUCUUUAUUUAUUAUCCAAUACUGAAAACUUUGGAUUACUAUGAAAUAUUGUACUGUGUAUUUAUGGUGUCUACUAUAUGGGAUGUUGUGGAGGUUGUACCUAAGGAACAAAAUGGCCUUGUUGAGGACAAGAUAAACUUAUUCCUAAAGUGUAACAGAAAUGUUGGUAGGUCUUAGCAGGACACCAUAGUUUUUUACUAACUAACAUUUAAUAAGAAGAGCAUUUUAUUGAGGUGUGCAAGUUCAAGAGCCAGCUGUAAUAAUCCAUGCUGGCAAACUAUAAUGACUCACUGCAGUAACUCAAUUCAGCUGAGCCAUUGUUAAAAUGAAUAGUAACACAUGUGCUUCUCCUGAGAUGACAGAUGGAGAUAUCUGCCAUGAAAACACAUCUCAUUAAAAAGGAGGAGCUUUGGCUGUCCUGGAAGAAAGGUUACUGUUGACCUCAGUAUUCACAGAAUAAAAUCAUGGUUGCAGUUCUGUACCCUAUACUGUAGAUGCGUUUUAUAUUCAUGUUUCAGCACAUGUGUAGCCUAUAUGUAAGUAUUUGCACUGUACUGUAUGAGUUGCAGAAUGCUGCAAAUUAUGUUGUAAGUAAAGCUAUGAAAGAGAAAAAAUUACUUACCGGUAAAUAGCUGUACGUAAGAAAUAAAUGUUGAAAUGUACUUUAUGUUGUAAGAUGUAAAAAGAAAAAAAAUAACUAAUUAGAUUUAAAAACAGUAGUUUGUUAAGAUAUAUUGUUAAAUGUUAAGAUACAUUGUUAUCAUUGUCUUCUUUGUACCUGUUAAUUUUAUGACUUGAAUGCUAUAUUUUUGCUACGCUGUGAAGGAUUGCAAUGUAGAUUUUGCUUAAUGUUCUCAAAAUAAUUGAGAUUAUUAUUAUAUAUUAUUAUUAUUGUUAUUACUUUUGUUAACAGUUAAACGAGACAAUCAAUAUCAUUCUCAACACUGUAUGGUAAAUGUGAGGCUAAGGACUGCAGUGAUGAAUGCAGCUUAGGCUAAAGACUGAAAGCCGUUACUAGCAAUACCCAGAGUAGUGUUCACUAACAAGUUUGCUUAAUCUAUAAGAAAAAUGUAAAUGUUAGAGUUAUGUCAGAGUUACUUCAAGCAAACAAAUAGUUUCUCCCUGUUUUGCAUAGACCUGCUAGCUAAUUUUAAGUUUAGCCAAACUUUCAAGAUUUAUUUGCGCAGUGUAAAACAUAAAAUGAAACCUAUUUAACAUCUUGAGAGUUCCAGAUCUUAAAUGUCACAUGUUGAGCUUUAGAGGUGUUUGUCAGUAGGCAUCAUUACUGACAUAAAAACAGAAUCAGACUGGCUAUUAUCCUGCUUCUACUCUUUAAGUUAGGCAUCUCUUCACAUAAACUGCAUAUGUCCACAUCACAAGCAUGAGCGUAAUAUUUAACUAUACAAAUAAGAAACAAAAUGCAUUUAUAAAAAUGACGGCCUCAGUUUUUUGCCACAAAUGAGUAAGUAAGACAUUUGGCCUGCACUCUCUGCCUCUCUGUACUGGCUGCCUAUGUCUUUUAGAGUUCAUUUUAAAAUUCUCAUGUUUGUUUUUAAAUACCUUCACAAUCUUGCCCCGCCUUACCUCUGUGAGCAUCUUCAUCCCCACACACCCUGUCAGUCUCUCAGGUCAGCUGACCAGCUGCUCCUGGAGGUACCGAGAUCCAGGAGGAAGCUCAGAGGGGCCUUUUCUAUUGUGGGUCCUGAAUUAUGGAAUAAUUUGCCCUUGCAUGUUAGAGAGGCCCCUUCACUGUCCACUUUUAUUCUUUGGCUUU